CGGCAGGUCCCUGACGAUCGGGAAAGUUGUUGCAAUAGCGCGCUACAAAGUCACACCAGAGCUCUCGACGGAGCCGCAACUUCGUGAAAAGGUGGAUGCUUGUGUGCAGAGCUUGAACCGCAAGCUCGAGCGCGGCGAGGUGAGUCUGGAGUGCAAUCGACCGAUUCAUCCCUAUCGCUUGAAUUGCGUGCUGAUGUGCUAGACGCUAACCAAGUAGAGCAUGUACGGCAUCAACACGGGCUUUGGCGGGAGUGCCGAUACGAGGACAGCGCACGUCAAGGAGCUGCAGCUAUCGCUCGUCACUGGUCAGCAGAUUGGCAUUCUUCCAGUCGCCAGUCUGGACGAGGGCAUGGCCGACUCGCUUCCCAUUUCUGACGAGCCUCUGUCUCAGCCGGAAGCCUGGGUGCGGGGUGCGAUGAUCGUGCGUCUAAACAGUCUUGUUCGUGGACACUCAGCAGUCCGCUGGGUCGUCCUCGAGACUAUGCAGCGCUUGAUGGCAAACAAUGUCGUUCCGGUGGUACCUGUUCGAUCUUCCAUCUCGGCCUCGGGAGACCUCUCUCCGCUCUCCUACGUGGCUGGCGCGCUGGCCGGCUUGCCUGGUGUCCAGUGCUGGGUCGAUGGGGCCGAUGGCCGCAGAAAGAAGGUCUAUGCACCGGAAGCCUUGGCGCGCUACAAUAUCGCGCCCAUCUCGCUUGAACCAAAGGAAGGACUGGGACUUUUGAACGGCACGGCCUUUAGCACGUCUGUUGGGGCAUUGGUGAUGCACGAUGCGAACAUGCUGGCUCUAGUUUCCCAAAUCACGACCGCCAUGGGCUGUGAGGCGAUGCUAGCGACUGACGGAUCCUUCGAUCCUUUCAUUCACGACGUGUGUCGACCUCAUCGAGGCCAAGUGGAAGCAGCGAGCCAUAUCCACAAACUUUUGGAAGGCUCCCAGCUCGCUACACACCAUGCAGAUGAGGAGCAUGUGUUGGCCUCGGAUGAUUCGGGAACACUUCGCCAAGACCGCUAUUGCUGGCGCACAGCCGCCCAGUGGGUUGGUCCGCAACUUGAAGAUCUCCAGGCUGCCACGCAGGCCGUCGAGACGGAGCUCAACACCACUACAGACAACCCUUUGCUAGAUGCGGACACGGACAAGAUGUAUCACGGCGGCAAUUUCCAAGCUCAAGCUAUCACGAACGCAAUGGAAAAGACUCGUCUCUCGCUGGCGCUGCUCGGAAAGAUGCAAUUUGCUCAGACGGCCGAACUCGUCGACCCGGCCAAGAAUCGAGGUCUCCCAGCCAAUCUCUCGGCGGGCGACGUAUCCCUUGACUUUGGCUUCAAAGCUGUGGACAUCGCCACCGCUGCUGUGUGCAGCGAACUGCAAGCCCUGGCAAGUCCGGUCGCUACCCACGUGCAGAGUGCAGAGCUUGGCAAUCAGGCCUUGAACUCUCUCGCUCUCAUUUCGGGACGUCAGACCGUUCGAUCGAUCGAGUGCCUUUCGCAGCUGUUUGCCUGGUCGCUCUACAUGAUCACGCAAGCUUUUGACCUGCGCGCGUUGCAGAGGGCUCAUCUCGACGUGCUGCAUGACCAUCUCAAAUCCAGCUUGAAGGCGUCCUUCGGGUUGUGGAUCACAGAUACCGACUUGAAUACGCUGGUACCUCGCAUAUAUGCGAAAGUGACUUUGCGAAUGGACGAAGGCGCUCAUCGGCCAAUGCUUGAGCGCUUGGAUGAGGCGUACCGCUCUGCGACUCAAGAGCUGGUGCAAUAUCUUGCUACUGCCCCCAGUGUGGCUAGCGGAAAAGCUCUACAAGCCUUGGUCGACUGGCGCGAAACUUCCGUUCAUCAAAUGGAGAAGGCCUACUACGCGCAGGUCCAGCAGAUGCAUGAACAGCCUUAUGGCUGUCACGCAAGCCCUCUGCUCUCUCCAUUGACGCGCCGUAUCUACGAAUACGUUCGCAAAGACCUGAAUGUACCUGUAAUGGGCAAGCAGUGCUUCUGGAUGUAUCAGGGCGAAGAAGGCAAGCUCAGCGAAUCAAUGGGCAAUCAAGCCUCUCGCAUCUACCGCGCCAUUCGAAAUGGCGACCUCUAUCAACUCAUUGCCGACGUGGCUCAGGAACUCGAAUGAGGGUCGGAAUGGAUGCUUUGGAAGAAGUCGUAGUCUAUAGACUCUCCAGCGAUU